UCAGUGACGCUAUUCAUACGGAAACAGAAUCGACUUGGCUUCCCUCCAUCUUUUCCCCUGCCUUGGAAGCAGCCCAGAAAUUCCUAAAUUCUCAGAGAAGAGUGCCAACUGCAAUGGCAUCAUCUUCUGAUUCAUGGACGCGGGAAUUUAAUGAUGCUACAAAGCUUUCUGAUGAGAUCAACUCUAUGAUAAAGGCGAGUCCUCCUUCAGGGCCUGAAACACAAAGGCAUUUUUCUGCGGCUCGGAGAAAGGUCACAAUAUUAAGGACUCGCCUUGAUACUUUGCAGUCCCUUCUAUCAAAACUUCAAAGCACGCAGCCCUUAAGCAAAAAGGAAAUGAAGCGCCGUCAUGACAUGCUUGACAAUUUGGUUACUAAAGCUAAUCAGAUGGCAACUGCCCUCAACAUGAAUACCCUUACAAUCAGGGAUAGCUUGCUUGGCCCUGAAACAAAGCAGCCUGAUGUUGUUAGCAGAGCUACUGGGCUGGACAACCAAGGUCUUGUCAGUUUUCAACGGCAAGUUAUGAAAGAGCAGGAUGAUGACCUUGGGAAAUUGGAGGAAAGUGUGAUGAGCACAAAGCAUGUUGCAUUAGCUAUUAAUGAGGAGCUUAACCUACACACUGGGCUUCUGGAUGCUUUGGAUCACCAUGUUGACACGACAAACACCAGACUUCAGAGGGUGCAAAGAAGGUUAGCUAUGCUAAACAAGCGCACCAAAGGUGGCUGUACUUGGUUGUUUCUUCUUGUUAUCUUUAUUGUGAUCCUGAUUGUUGGUAUCUUCGCAGUGAUAAAGUACUUGUAACAACCCUGUAAAAGCGUAAAAUACCAAUGAGAUAGGCCCAUUCAUUUUUUUCUGCAAGAUAUUUCAUUAUACUGGACAUGAAAUUGACAGAAUUACAAACCUUUUGCUGCAUUUUGUGAAGAGACAUGUUAUACAUGUGUAGAUACAUUUACUAUAUAUAAGAACACAGUGAAUCUAGUCAUGAAAUUUUAGGAUUCACUGCAGCUUGCCUUC